AUGAAUCCAAGUAGAAGGAGAAGCCUGCUUUUUGAAAUGCUUGUGAUGCUUCUGGUGAUAUUCUCAUCAACAAACAUUAUUUGUUGCUCUUCAAGCUUCACAAAUUUCAGAAAUCUUCUUCAUAAUGGCCUUUCUACUACUCCGCCAAUGGGAUGGAAUAGUUGGAAUCAUUUCGGCUGCCAAAUUGACGAAAAUAUCAUACGAGAAACAGCCGACGCUCUGGUUACAGCUGGUCUAUCCAAGCUUGGAUACACCUAUGUCGUCAUAGAUGAUUGUUGGGCUGAAUCGUCUCGCGAUGAAAAGGGAAAUCUGGUGGGGAAGAAGUCAACGUUUCCUUCAGGCAUUAAAGCUCUCGCAGAUUACGUUCAUAGCAAGGGCCUUAAGCUUGGCAUUUAUUCAGAUGCAGGGUAUUUCACUUGUAGUAGACAGAUGCCUGGUUCACUUGGUCAUGAACAGCAAGAUGCCCAAACCUUUGCAUCAUGGGGCAUUGAUUAUUUGAAGUAUGAUAACUGUUACAACGAUGGAACAUUGCCAAUAAAAAGAUACCCUGUAAUGGGUGAGGCUUUAUCAAAGGCGGGUCGUCCAAUCUUCUUCUCUCUAUGUCUAUGGGGAGACACGCGUCCUGCUUUGUGGGGUGGUAAAGUGGGAAAUAGUUGGAGAACAACCACUGAUAUUUUCGAUUCAUGGGAAAGUAUGAUUAGCAGGGCUGACAUGAAUGAGGUUUAUGCUGAGCAGGCAAAACCUGGAGGCUGGAACGAUCCUGACACGCUUGAGGUGGGAAAUGGAGGGAUGACCACCGAUGAGUACAUUGUCCACUUUAGCUUAUGGGCUCUUUCCAAGGCUCCACUUCUUCUGGGUUGUGAUGUUCGGAAUAUGACUAGAGAGACUCAAAUGAUAAUCUCCAACGAGGAGGUUAUCGCAGUUAACCAAGAUCCACUGGGCGCGCAAGGUAAAAAGGUUAGGGUGCACCAAUUUGAUGUUGAGGUAUGGGCCGGGCCUCUUUCAAAAAACAUGACAGCUGUGAUACUGUUGAAUCGCGGCCAUGGGCCAGCAAAUAUCGAAGUCCUUUGGGCUGACCUUGACAUUCCCUCUGGAACUCAUGUUGAAGCUCGAGAUCUUUGGGAGCACAAGACGAUAGAAGGAGGAUUGGUGGACAAAUUGAAUGCAACUGUGGGGCCACAUUCUUGCAAAAUGUAUGUUCUAAAGCCAAUAGCAUGA